GACGUUUUUACAGAACCCCCUGCCAAUACUAAAGAAUCUGGCCGCCUACCUGGGUGUGGACCUCGCCGAGCAUACUCUGAUGGCUAUCAACGACAAGUGUUCCUUCGCAAACAUGUCCACUGCUGGGGCUCGAGCUAAAGACAACGCGAUACGACAAAUGUCCAUUGAUGGUUCCAACUUCAUGUUUCGCAAAGGGAUCAUCGGAGAUUGGAAAAACUGGUUCACUGUAGCACAGAAUGAAACUUUUGAUAAAAUUAUCGAAACAGAGAUGAAUGUCUCCUCAUUGAGAGUUGUUUAUGAGUAAUAUGUGACUCGUUACAUGCAUUUAUUUAACUAGUAUUUGGAAAUAUUCGACAAAUUGUUUUUGUAAAUAAAAAAAGUACACACAACUGUACGUGCUCUAUCUACAUGAA